CACAACAAUCACCGCCUGCUUCCCCGUUUCCUCCCCGCUGCUGGUAUCCUUGUCCCUAGCAGCGGUCUACCCGCUCACACAGCGCCACUUAAAUCUUCCUCUUGUCGUAUAUAACUUCUGACACCCGCCUCAUAACACACUGACCCCUUCUAAACACCCCAAGCACUAGUGUCGUCGCCUGACACAUUGCAUAUGUAUCGCUGGUCUCUUCAACUGCUUCAUACCUAUCCUUAGCCCUUGCGCCCCUCUCCUACCUCACCACCUCCGUCGCCCUACAGCGUCUACACAAACACAAUGGCUCGCCAUGGCGGGGUCUCUACCCAUUCCCCAGACAACACACCAUUUCCUUAUAGGCAAUUGGCGAUACUGGCCCUGUGCCGGAUAUGCGAGCCAAUUGCAUUCAUGUCCAUCUUCCCGUACGCCUACUACAUGGUCAAAGACUUCAAAAUCACAGACGAUGAGAGCAAGGUCUCCAUGUAUGUCGGCAUGAUCACUUCAGCUUUCGCAUUCAUGGAGUGCAUGAGCGGCAUCUUCUGGGGCCGGCUCAGCGAUCGGAUCGGGCGCAAGAAGGUUCUCCUUGGCGGGCUGUUCGGAACCGGCUUGAGCAUGCUUCUGUUUGGCUUCGCACAAUCGCUGCCCGUUGCCAUGCUUGCGCGGGCAUUGGGCGGAGCACUCAAUGGGAACAUCGGCGUUCUUCAGACUACCGUCGCAGAACUGGUAACGGUGGAGAAGCACCAGCCGCGCGCGUAUUCGAUAAUGCCUUCUGUCUGGUGCCUUGGCACCAUUGUCGGCGCAUCGCUCGGCGGAAUUCUCGCUCGUCCCGCCCUGUCUCUUCCUGCCUGGUUCGAAGGCACCAUUUUCGAGACGUUCCCGUACCUGCUUCCGAACCUUGUCUGCACAGCAGUAGUUGCGUUUGGACUUACCGUGGGCUUCCUAUUCCUCGAAGAGACCCACGAGGAUCGCAAGUACGACCAUGACCGCGGUACCGAGCUGGGCCAGUGGCUUCUCCGCAAAGUGUGGGGACAACCUGCAUACGAGCCCUUGAGCGACAAGGAUGCAUCUUUGGACGAGAUGAGCGCCAUGUUGGGAGAUGACGACGCAACGGCGUACAGGAGCACUGACAGCUCGCCGACGUUGUGCAGCUCACGAUCAUCCAUUUGUGAACCGCCUCCUUUCUCGCUCGAGAAGGAGGUUGUACGCGCGCCCACUGUCCGUGACGCGUUUACGAUGCAAACCUGUCUGAACAUUGUGUGCUACGGCAUACUCGCAUUCCACACGAUAUCGUUGGAGCAGCUCCUACCAAUCCUUAUGUCCCGAGACGAAUCAAGAGGGGAAGACCGCAACCUGCCAUUCUACUUCACUGGCGGAUUCCACUUGUCGACGCAGACGAACGGUCUUAUUCUCAGCAUCCAAGGUGUCCUGCAGAUGUUUGCCCAGCUCAUCAUUUUCCCCUGGAUCAGCAAGAAACUCGGAAGCCUACGAACAUUCUGGUUGACCAUUGCGCUCUACCCAUUUCUGUACAUCAUGGCACCCUACCUUGCGCUUCUACCGAAGAGCAUGCGUAUCCCCGGCAUCGUGUUGCUCCUUGUGUGGAAGGUGACGGCUCAGGCACUCUCCUACCCAUCCUUGGCCAUCAUGCUUGCCAAUGCCUCUCCGUCCAAGAAAGUUCUCGGCACCCUCAACGGCGCUGCGGCUGCGUCUGCCAGCGUGAUGAGGGGUUUUGGUCCCACGGUAUCGGGCGCAGUUGACUCGGUCGGUGUACAGAUUGGCAUGUCAGGUCUGGCGUGGUGGACCAUCGCAGGUGUUGCCAUGAUUGGCUGGGCUCCUGCAUUUGCGAUGCAGGAGAAGCGCAAGAACACGCAAUACUCGAGCACCUCGGACGACGAAGAAGCUGGUUUCGGCACCUCUGACACCGACUCGGUUCUCACUCUCACGCUGGACGGCGAGGCUGAAGAACGGCUGCCCAAGUAGCGGCACACGACGACGCACGACGACGACACCUCUUUGCAUCUCGCACUAUUUAGCACAGGCGUUUAUGCUUUCAUUACCAAGUACCGGAUAUUAAUACCAGCACCAAUGUCAUUGUUCAGUUUCAACUAGAAGGGAUAGGCCUCUGGGCCCGGCGUUUUUCCUACAGGGGGCAAUUUUGUAAAAACAGGGUACGGAUCUGGGCGGAAUUCUGCGGGACAGCAUUUACUAGAGGGAUCUCAGGCGAUAGACAAGAAUCGGCAGCUCACGGAAGCAAGCCCGGCGUUGGCAUGAAAAGAAGGAUCUACAAUACCCCCAGGGCAGUUGGUUCAGUCCAGUUCUGUUUUUAGAUAGAAGGAUCGCUCCAGGGCAAUGCUAUGCC